GUAACAUUAAAAACAGAAAAGGGAAUACUCAAAAGACCCGUAGUAAAACUAUCUGUCUUGCCCCUGGAAAAGCCUAAACCAGAAAAACAACCCGCCGAACAAAACACCCUGAAACAAUCAAAAACAAAAAAAACAGCCAAACGGGGAUGCAUGGCAUCCAUGUUGAUGAUGCUAUUUUAUUUCCUAACAUUUUUAGCAGCCGGAAAUUGCGUCAAAAUGACACCUAUCAACGAAGGUCAAGGGUUGUACUUCGAUAAACUGGGAACAAUGCAGCUAGUUAGAGACGAGUGGAAACUAGUUGCGUACUACGACAUGAGCCCUUUCUGGGAAGGGGUAUCUGCAUACAGAAAGUACAACGAACAAUUGGAAACUAUUUGUAAACAAGUAAGAAGCCUCUCACACUGUGACGUCAUCCUUCUACAACUACGGCAUUCGUACGAUGAGCUGCAACAUUACAAUAAAGUAUUAUCCAGACAUCAGCUGAAACAGCAGACACGCAAGAGACGAACAAAUGAAAAACACAUCGUCACAAUGUGGAAAAAUCAAACAUCAAUCGUAGAAGCCGAAUAUAACAUGCUCUUGAGAACCAAAGACACAAUACAAAAGCAACACAAGUUAAUACAUCAACAUUUACUUUCUUUAGAAAAGGACACCACUGCAAUGGAGAAAGAAAUCACAGCUGCAGAGAGCAUAUCUCAAUUUACAGUCGUAGCUAUGGCUGCAAAUAAUUUAUCAAGCCACCUUAAAACAAUCCAAGACAUGUUAUUAGAGACUAUAACUAACAUUUACAAUGAUAAAAUGAACAUACAUAUUAUUAGCCCCGAGCAACUACAGAAAGAAUUGAACACUAUAUCUGGUCAACUUCUAAGCGACCUUACCCUACCAAUCGAUAACACACAAACACACCUUCAAAACAUCUACCAAGUAUUAAAAGUUAAAGCAAGAAUGACUGACCAAUAUAUGAUAUUUGAGAUUCGCAUUCCAUUAAUAACUCGUGAUCGUUACGAUCUUUACAACAUUAUUCCGGUCCCGCAUAGCUCAAACAUAAAUAUGAUAUCUGUUAUCCCCAUAGAAAAAUACGUAGCAAUGAACCUUCAAAAGGACGCAUACAUGCCAUUACAAGAAAGAGAUCUUGAAGUUUGUAUCAUACGAGACACGUUUACGUAUAUGUGCCCGCUUAAGGUCCCUAUAUACAAAAUGAACACCGACCAGGAUUUGUGUAUAAAGGAAGAAAAGCAGAAUUUAAAAUGCAAAACAAGCAUAGCCGCGUGCCAGAACAAGUGGAUUAGCUUGACAAAGCCAAAUUAUUACUUAUAUUUUUGUUGCGAUCAGUGUCAGUUUCGAACAAUAUGCUCAGAUCGAGUUACGGCACAAACAUUGGCACGCGCUAAUAUUAUUUAUAUCGAGGAGAAUUGCAUUGUAAAAACAGAUAACUUUGCAAUUCACACGCACAUGAAUAUGCAAAGUAGAACAGAUUUAAAAGACAGCAUACCUACACCAAAAAUCGACCCAAUUAACCACAUAAUAAACAUUACAGUCGAAAAAUUCGAAAACAACAGCUUAAAUUUUAUGGAAAGGAAUGAAGAUAAAAACAUGCAAGAAAAAAUAAAAGCGCUAAAGGAAAGUCAACCACCCGACGAGAACGACUAUUCUAUACAUGAUGUACACCACUACACUGCCAUAAUGCUUUGGAUCACAAUUAUCAUAAUGGCAAUUAUACUAAUUUGCCGGAAAAAACAUUGCCAAUGGAAACUUCUAGGAGCUCCGGCAACCCCAACAAAUCCAGAGGAACCAGCAGCAUCGGACAACAUGUUCGAGAGACGCCGACCGAACCAGCCGCCGCCGCCGCCGCCGCCCCGAGCGAGCGCGAGCGCGGCCUCCACGCCCUGCAGUGCACGGCGCACCAUCACCGGUGACAUUUGUAGUGAUGACAAGUGUAGUGUUAGUGCGCGAUAUCGAGCGAAAAGUGUGAGUGAAGGAGAAAUAAAUAGUGCGCGAGUGAAAGUGCUUACAUGUCAGACACCGGAGAUGAGUGGAUCAACACAUAUGGACAGGGGAAGCUCCCCAAUUUUAAGAAAAAUAUCAUUCAAUGAAUAA